ACACACACCGUACCCUCACAAAACCUCACACACACAAUAGAACUUUGCGCACGAGCAAGUUGUCGACUGGCCUGGUGACUGAUGGAUUCAUUGAACUUGUCUUCGACUUCUCAGUCAAAUGAUGGUACCCCAAUGUGGGGCAUGAUGUCUUCAGAAGAUGAGGAAGCACUGAAGGAUAAGUUCCAAGCUGAGAGUGAGAAGGUUAUCCACAUGUGGUCCCUUGGCAAGGCUUCAGCUGUUGAGAAAGAUGCUGCAGUUACAUUUUUGGUGCAGCUUGGAGCUGUACAAUUUACUGUUCAGUCUGGCAGUAAUCUCAAAGAAUCUGAGAGAGUGUCAAUCCAUUUUGAGGAGGAUCAGCCAGUGGAGACAGAGCAUGUUGCUGCUGAUGCAUCAAAGCCUGGAAAGUAUGUCUGUAAGAGAGAAAAAUCUGUUAGGUUGCCUAUAGCUUCACAACAAAACAAUACCAAAGAGAUAAAGCCAGAUAGAAAGAAGUAUUCAUCAUCGUGGAUGACGGAAUCCGAUGAUGAUGAUGAUGACUAUGACAUCCAACUACCAGUCAGCACUGAAAUAAAAGACCUGAGUCUUAAAGAGUCGCCAAGAGAGACACAUCCAUGUCCUGAUUGCCAUGCAAUCCUACACAGCACAUGGGAAUUAGAUCUUCACAAACUGCAGGAUUGCGAAAAGGCCUUGUUUUGUCACGUGUACAAUUGUGACCAGUGCACAAGGUCAUUUUGUAAAAAGGCCCUGAUGAUUUACCAUUUACGCAAAGUUCACAGUUGCAGCUUGAAUCCGUCUGAAAUGGUCCAUAAGCUUCAGGAACUGAAAAGUGCAAAAAGGCAAAAAAGUGGAAAGGAAAAAGAUGAAUGUGAGAGCAAAUCUGACAAGGCACCUACCAAAAAAUCGCACAGACAUCAAAGCCGGAAAGAAAGGAGAGAACGAAGAAAGAGGCGUAAGGCUGCAAGAAGAAAGAAAAGAUGUGAAGAGGAUGUUGCAGAACAAGAAGAAGAAAAGAAUCUCAUGAUUAAUGAGGGAGAGCCUGCAGACGAUAACACAGAAAAUGAAUCGUCAGCUAUGUCACCAGUCUCAGAUGUCAGUGAAACUGAAACUAAGGAGGAGAGUCAUUGUUCAUUGACCAUACCCCAGAUGGAUGACGACCAUCGAUCAGUUGAUGAGCGGAUAGAAGAAAACAGGGAUGCCCCUUCGAAUGACAUGAAAAGGGAAAAUGAAAAAAUGAUGGUCACCGAUGAUCAGGUGGGUAAUGUAGAGUCAGAUGAAGCAAAUGAAGGAAAUAGAAUUCGGGAAGCAUCCGACAAAGGAACAAUAGAAGAUGAUCAGAGUGACUCUGCUACCAGACAAAAAUCAGCAGAAAAUGGGGGAAGUGCUAUCUUGUGCAUCCUUUGUGAUAUGCAAUUCGAGACAUUUCAUCAAAGAGGUAGACACAUGCUUGAGGAUCACAAGGAAUACGAAAAGCUGGCGUUUAAGUGCAGUACAUGUGGGAAGACAUUUUUGCAGAAAUCUGUGUACACAACUCAUGUCAAAACCCACAUGGACAAGGAGGAAAGGGAGAAACACUAUUGUGAAUUAUGUGGUAAUGUAUAUUUGUCAAAGUACGAUCACAUUAUCCAUAUGGAAUGGCACAGCCAGAGAUACAAAUGCGAAACAUGUGGUAAGGUGCUUUCGACCAAAAGAACUCUUGAGAGGCACGUUAAUAGCGUUCACACCAAAGAGAUAAAGUUCCCCUGCGAGAUAUGUGGAAAGGAAUUCUACAAUCCAGAGCGGUUGAGAUGGCAUGCCCAGAAUCACAUAGCAGAAAGGGAAUUUGAAUGUGAUAUAUGCGGAAAAGCCUUCCUCCGUGCCCGUUCACUGAAGAAGCACAAAGAACUUGUCCAUACAGAUGCAGGACAUUGCAUAUGUGAGGUGUGUGGAUCAGCUUUCAAGACUCCAGGGAAUCUGAGACAGCAUGCUCGAACUGUGCACUCUGAUGAAUACAAGUACUGUUGUGAGAUCUGCGGUAAGAAAUUCAAGCGCUCAUCACACUUGAAUGCCCAUAUGAAGGUCCAUUCCGAUGAUCCAGCCGACAAGCGUUUCACAUGUCAACUUUGCGGGAAGGGUUUUAGAGUUCAAGCCAAGUUGACUGUUCAUAUGAAUUGGCAUUAUGACAUCAGAUCGCAUACAUGUGAUGUUUGCGGUAAGUCGUUUCUGACCAAAGGUAACCUGACCAAACACAUGUACGUCCAUCAGAACAAGAAACCCCAUCAAUGUCAUGUAUGUCUCCGGGAAUUCACGGAUCUGCCAGGGCUCAGGAAACAUCUGGAUGUUGUACAUAAGAUCACCCUGAAGAAGGUAAUGACACAGAGAAAUCCUGAAGCAACCUAUUCCACAGAGCCAGCAAGGGUUGAUGAACCCGUUGAUAAACCUGGUACUCUGUCACCUUCACAAUCAGCUUCAGGGCCUGACCACACCAACAGUGAAAGUGCAGCAUUUGGUCAUCAGACAACCUUUGACAGAGGCAAUGAUGGUCAAGUCCCUGAAGCCUCCGUCGGGUAUGGAUCAUAUGCGCAGACUUAAUGUGUGAGCCCGUUAUUGAUUGUAAAGUCAUUGAAAAUGGAUUAAACAUUCUGUCUCGAAAUAUAUGAAUAUAAAAUGUGUUCCUUGUUUCCUUUCAACCAAUUACAUAUUAAAAGUAUAGUAAUUACAUAGAAAUGACUUCGCAGUCUACUCUGAAUAUUCAUACGCAUGUAUUUACCAAAGAAUUUCUUUUUGUAUGUUUUUUAGGAACAAAAUAAAAGGGGAUUCUUGAGGCAUGUUUGGGGAUAAAAUAGGCAAUUUCUAGUAAAAAAUACAGAAUUGGAAAAAAUGUAACUUUGAAGCCAUAUCUUUGGCAUGAAUAUUCUAUUUUGUGAUUUAUAUGAACAAGGAUCACUGUUGCCAUAUUUCAAAUAUGAGUAUCUCACUCACUGUUUUUCUUAGUUCUUGAUUUGGAGAAAUAUAGAGCAAAUUUCUCAUUUCAUUUACCUUAAAAUGACAACAAAGUGGAAAUGGGAAAUAUACAUGGCACAUUCUAAUCAAUGGUAAUCAUAAGUUUACAGUUAGAAACGUUAGUAUUUGUUUGUUAUGAUGUAUGCCUUUAGACUUUUAUCACCUCAGAAUAAUUCUUGAGGUUUCUGCUUGAAUCCAAGUGUUCUAAGCAGCUGAAUUUAUAUUCCAAUGGUAUGCCAUCCAGACCACUGCAGGGUCCAUCGGCAAUGUGAACCCAGUCAUGUACAGAAUGGCAGGGAAUGGUUUUGGCAGCUUAAGUGCAUUUGACUCAAUUGAUCAAGUGAUUUCAAUGUUUCUUAGCUGUUUCAAAUGUGGAGUAAUAUUUAAACAUGUAUUGAAUGAAUUUCAAAUGACCAGAGUUAUUGCAGUUCGCCAAUAGCCUGAGCCAGCUUGAUUUUUUUUCAUUGGGGUAAUUCGGUUGAGGGGAGGGGUUGUUGAUUUGAAUGAGAAGGGAAAAAAUCAAAUUAGCAUAUCACUGAAAAUAUCAGAAUUGGAUGAAAAAUAACAAAGUAAAGGAGCUUUAAAUUAAAGUUUCACUUUAUUAUUCCACAAAACAUCCUGGUCAGUAUAUGCAAAUGACAUCGCCUACUCAUUUCUUUCGUAUUUCGUUACAUGAAAUGUCUUGAAUUUUUCUUCAUUAUGUGAAACUGUUUGAUUCCUUGUGUAUUUUGGAUUGCCAUUUAAGGACGUUCCACAGUUAUAUUUGUGCGCAUUAUGAUCUGCGCAUAGUUUACACUCUGACGUCACAAUGGAUGAACAGGUAUUAAUUAGCUGCGGGUAUGAGCUGAUUUUUCUCAUCUUCUGCACUUUAACUGCAGAUCCGAUGCGUUAUUUCAUGAAGCUAAAAAAUUGAAUUAUUCCAUGGAACAUUCAAAAAAAUAUUCUCUACAAUUUCAAAAUACUUUACUCUGCAGUGCUGCCAAGAAUCACGAAUAUUAGCCCGAGUUUGAAUAAAUGGUAGAGUGGUUUUGAUUUUUUCUUCACAUAGAUACUAAGCAUUCGGCCCAUUUUUGGUGUUUUAAAAAGCACAUUUGCUCUAAUAAAAAUGCUGAUAGUUUAACCCUUGAACCCCUAUUUUGAACCCCUAUUUUUUAAUGUUUGUACCUCUUAGGUAUACCUUCCUCUACAACUCUGCAAAUUUUGGUGAAAAUGACAUGGAUUUUGAAUAAAGUGCAGCAUUUAUUGUACGUUUGUAGUUUGUUACUGAAAUUUUACAUUUUUCAGAUUGGGAUUUUGUUAUCUUUUACGCCAUUUUUAAGAACUGACAGUGCUGUUAAACUUAAAAUUGCAAACAAAUAGCACUAUUAAUAGAUUCUCCAUUCUAACGAUACAAUUAUUAACUCUCUUGCGAAAUUUGAUGACUUUUUCAUGUAUUUUGAAUGAGUAAUGGAGGUUUAAACUCAUUGUAGUAAUCUUGGGCGGUCUAAAAAUGCCAAAUUCUUUUGAAUGCGCAAUUUUUAAGAACAUCAAUUUGGGUGAACUUUGAAGCUCUAUAGCAAAAAAUCAAGCACAUGGACCUAUGUUAAUUUUUGCAUAUUUCGAAUAUUAAGGUUCUAAAGUAUCUAUGUGCAAAGUUUGGUGAAAAUGACAUGGAUUUCACUUUAACUGUGGAACGUCCUUAAGCAACCUAUUGAAAUUUGUGAAGAUGCUUCCUUAUGUGCAAAUGUGCAAACAUUGAAAUAUUUUAUAUGAUAAAAUGUAUAAAAAAAUAGUGAGUGACAUCAUUGACUCAUUUUUAGAUCACUUUCUGGAGCACAUAACUGUUUCGUGAAAAAUUACUAAAGUUCAAAAUGUCAAUAUUUUAUAUCCAAUAUCGAUGUAAUUUUCAGCAUUGUGCUUAGUUUAAUAUUGCUCUUUACAUUCGAAUCAACUUUUUGUUAGGGUGGUCUUGCCUGUAAGGGAAUUGAUACUUAUUUUUCCAUUUUUUUUCUCAGCUUUUAUCAAGACCCUCUUAUGUAACAACAGUAUUACAUAAAAUAUAACUUUUAUUCAUCCAAUUGUUAAUGAAAUAUUUAAUCUCCAUGCUUUUAGAAGAAAUGAUUACCUUCAAAUAUCAAGUCCACCUUAACAUCAAGUUACAAGCAUAGCACUGGAAAAUGUCAUAAAAUUCAGAUGCAGAAUAAAGGGAACUGUUGUAUAUUUUCAUCCCCCAAAUUGGCAUAUCAUUUCUGCAUACUAAUGAGAGAGCCAAUUAUGUUUAAAUUCACUGUUUUAUGCUGUGUUUUUAUUGUAUGAAAUUUUCAUUUUCAUAGAUUUAUUGAAUGCUCACAAGGAUGUUGGCAGCAAUUACACUGUACAAAGGUUGUACUUAUUGUAUAAAUUGAAAUGUCUUUUUUCAUUCAACUUCAAGAACAAAAAGAAAACACUCAUGUUGAAUUAAUGAAUAACAUAUAUUUUGUGUAUACAGGUACUGGAGAAGAAAUCAUGACUAAAUCAAUAAAAGGUUAAAUUAUCACAGUAGGUGUAUGAGAAACACAUCUCAUAUUCAAAAUACCUUGCACCACAUAUAUAAUUGUUGAAAAUCAUGAGUGAUGGAUCCAUUUGACUAUAUGUUCCAAAAAGUGAUAAUGUUUUUAUUUUUCAAGUGAGUGUGCAAUACAUUGAUUCAGGCAAGGCAUAUGAUUUUACUUCCCAUCAUCAAGUUUGCAUGUACUAGUAGUUCAUCACAAUUUGGCAUAAAAAAUCUACAAGUACAUUAUUAUAUUUUAUCAUUGCUCUAAAUGUAAUUACGUUUCCUUAUUUCUGUAAAUGUUUGGCACAGGUGAUGCCAAACAAAUAAUAAUAAUACUUUUGCAUUUUUUGUAAGUACUGUAAUUCAUUACAUGCUGUCAUCUGUACGGUGGUUCCUUUCUGCUGUAUAACAAUACUAUCGUAUGACUGCAAAAUAGCAGGCAGGUCACUUAAACUGUCCAUAUCUUAUGGACAAUUUAUGAGUUUGUCCCUAAUUAUGUAACUGAUACAUGUAUUUACAAUUGGUUAAAACUUCAUGUAGAUGGUUUGCACCUUUCCAAAGACUUACAUGUAUGAUUUAGCAUGAAUGUAAGAUUUGAUUGUACAUUUUUAUGAAUAGGCCUGCCGCCUACAAGGACCAUAAUAUGAGAGCAUUAGAAGCUUAACUUUAAAUCUACAUCUGACAAUGAGAUUGUUGUGUGGGUUUAUGAGCCAAAAACAUAUUCUUGCUUUUCAAAGUCUCACUGCUGAUAAACUUUACUGUAAAUAUAUGUAUUACUGGCAACUCA